AUGGGGUUCUGGCGCAAAGCGCUCAUCUCAGCCGCGGUCCUGGGCGCGUGGGCCGGCGUGGGCUCCGCGCUCUUCGUCCUCGUGACCCCGGGAGAGGAGCGGGUUCAGGCGAUGAUGAAGGAGAUGGCAGGGCAGGACUUUCGGAGCCGCGAAGAGGCGGCCAGGACCAAGCAGUUAGUGAUGGCCGCUCUGCAGGAGGCAGCUGCCACGCAGGAGAAUGUGACCUGGAGGAAGAACUGGCAGGUUGGCGGCGGCGGCGGCAAGUCGGCGUGA